UCAGAGGUGUUGAUGUUGACAUUGACAUUAAUAAAUUUAUAGGUUAUGUUUACUUACUGUUCAAGUAUUUUCGGUUUAAAACAUUAUAAUAAUAUGAAAACGACCUUUACUGGAAUGGUGCUGGUGUAAUUAAAAUGAACUCAAAGAUGCAAGUACCUACUACUGCGCAGGAAUAUUAUUUAGAACUUUAUGUGAGGAAACAUAAAAGUACAUUAGUUGGCGGUGCUUGUAGUGAAGAUAUUAAAAAAGAUGGUAUAAACUCAUGGAAGACCUUGGAGCCUUUAGAUCGUGAAAUAAUUACAAAUAAAUUUAAUAAAGCUACAGCAGCAUAUCAAAAUAAAUUUGCAAGUUAUCUUCAGCAAUCAGCUUCUGCAAGAGUUACCAAUGAAAAUAGAAAUGGCUGUAACACUAUCCCUUUAGUAAAUACUACCAAUAUAGUUAAUACAUCGAUGGACAGUAAUGAAAACUGCAACACUCCUAUGAACAAUUCUAUGGUAAAUUAUGAUAAUGACAACUUUAUUAAUGAACAGGAUAUACACAUUCCAGAAGUUGACCACAGUGACCAGGACCACACACUACAGCAUAAUUAUUUACCACCUUUGAUGAUUCCACAGCCACCAGAGAGUCCAAAAGUACUGUAGAAAAGCAAAGGAUCUGUAUGAAAAAAUGUACUCAAUGAAUGAAAACGCUACUCCUUAUUCAGCACUAAAUCGUGAUGAUAAAAGAUUUUACCAAAAUGCUUUAUUAAUGGUUAAAAGGAAGUACCUCAAGAGAUAUGAGUCAUAUUUGUUGGGAUUAAGAAAUGAUCAGUUAUAUAGACAUAUGCAUAAUGUUAUUAGUGAAGAAAUUUAUGAAUAAAUAUAGAAGUAAAAGCUUA